CAUUAUCUUACAGAAGAUAAGACAAUUUUGGUAAAAUUUGUCAUAAUUCAUAUUUUUGGACGACCUACAACUGGCAAGGCAAUGCCAUUGUUUCAAGUUUUGAUAUUCCUCGGCUUUUGUUUUUAUAACCCAGCGCUAGCAGCUUAUUGCCAUGGAAAGCCUGAUCCAAAUGCCCAGCAGAACUUGAACCCAAUAUUUCAUGGAGAACCGAGAUUUGUACGACAAGUCAAGAAUGGUAAACUUUACGUUGCCGGGGAAGCACAGGAUGCAUUCAAUGUUGUCCAUCUUUGGGGUACCCCGUAUGAAAUGGGUUAUGCUCAUGGAUCAUUGGCGAAAGAAGAGGCAUAUCAGUUCAUAAAUUCUGUGUGGAACUACCUUGAACUACAAGUGACUGAGGCUAUAAAUGGUACAGUGAGCAUCUUUAAGCCUUGGUUCCUGAAGGAUGUGGCUGACAAAGGCCUAGAUGUGGCACUUGACCUUGAGAUAGAUGUUACCAGACCUUACACAGGGGAGUAUUUCUUCGAAGAGGCGAAGGGGCUGGCUGAUGCCACCGGCCUGAAUUACAUGAUGAUACUCAGAAUUCACAUGAUUGGCGAGUUAACGAAAGGAGAUUGUUCAAUGAUGGGGGCCUGGGGUUCUGCUCUGAAACAGCCUGGUUCUUUACUGCAGUUACGUGCUCUGGACUGGAAUACAGAUGGUCCCUUCAAAGAUUUCCCUCAAGUGACAGUAUACCACCCCUCAGACCCUAAAUAUGGACACGCCUUUGCUAAUAUCGGAUGGACGGGUUGGUUCGGAUCUAUCACAGGUUUUAACUCCAAGCAGAUGGCUAUAUCAGAGAUUGGUGUCUCCUUCCCAGACGCAUCAUUCAAGUCCGAAUCAAGAUUCGGUAUUCCAUUUACGUACAUCUUACGUGACGUGCUACAAUUUGACAAUUCUCUCGCUGAUGCCAUGAAAAGAAUGCAGCAUGCACACAGAACAUGUAACCUCAUUCUAGGUGUUGGAGACGGUAAAACCUCCCAGUUCCGUGGUAUCCAAUACUCCGCGUCGGUAGCAAAUUUCUACACUGAUACUGAUAUGCAGCCUGAAGCCUCGUGGCAUCCGAAGAUAAAAGACAUUGUUUAUUAUGGAAUGGAUUGGCUAUGUCCAGGUUUCAGCGAGGUUUUAGCUCGUCAGUUAACGAAGCAUCACGGUAACCUUUCACCAGAUGUCGUCAUUCGUGACGUUGUAUCUAUCGAACAGUCCGGAAGUCUUCACAUUGCGGUGUAUGACCUCACAAAUAAACAAGUCUACAUCGCAAAUGCAAGAGGGACGUACGAAUCAGGACCACUUGAUGCGUAUGAUCGAACGUUUGUUCAGCUAAAUACAACUGCGCUUUUUGCAGUACAGCAACCCAAUGCAGACAAAUAGACCGGUCAGAUGGUGCACUUUGUAAAACCAUAAAUUGAAUCUAAUAAACAUAUCAUUUGUGUAA